AUGGGUGAAGAUUUAACAGUUAUCAGUCAACUGGCUCACACAGCAAGCUGGCCUGCAGAGAUUCAAGAUGUCCCUGCAGAUGUCCAAAUAAGCUUGCAGCGACUUUGUCACGAUUUUCUUGACAAAGCAGUCACAUCAAAGCUUAUGCGAGUUGCAUUGCGUCCACCGCCAAAGGACACCUACUUCCCCCAUCGAACGGACACAACACAGUUCCUCUACCAGUAUGAGCCUUCACACUGGUGGACUUCUGGUUUCUUCCCGGGAUCUCUGUGGCUGCUGUAUGAGCGGUCGUUGCGAGUCAAGCUUGCUUUCUCAUCGGAGGAUAUCCUGGCUCAAGCGUUGAACUGGCAGAAGGGGAUGGAAAAGGAGCAAUACAACAGGGCAACCCAUGACCUUGGUUUCAUGAUUCUUCCUUCCUUCUACCGACACUACAAGCUCUUCGGCAGUGCAGCCAGUAAAGAUAUCAUCAUCAACGCGGCAAAAUCACUUGCCUCCAGAUGGAACGAGAAGGUGCAGUGCCUGCGAUCAUGGGAUACUUGUCAUACGAGACGGCUCAACCUUGAUAAUCCGAGCACUGAAUUUUUGGUCAUAAUUGACAAUAUGAUGAACCUUGAUCUCCUGUUUGUUUGUUCGGAGCUUACGGGAGAUCCGGAAUUUAGCAGGAUGGCGACUACUCACGCUCACACGACCUUGAAAAAUCACGUCCGUUCCGACAAUUCUACCUACCAUCUUGUCAACUAUGACCCAAGAAAUGGCGAGGUAAAGGGGAGAUACACUGUCCAGGGCUAUGACGACCAGAGCUGUUGGAGUCGUGGCCAGGCCUGGGCGUUAUAUGGUUACGCCUCCGUUUACAAGUAUACAAAAGACAAGACAUUCUUAGAUGCAGCAUAUAACUGCACCAAGUACUUUUGUGGUCGUGUUGGUGGAAGUACGGAUGCUGAUGGCAAGUCUGGCGCGGUCUACUGGGACUUUGACGCGCCUCGGCCACCAGCGAUUCUUGAUACAUCGGCCGCAAUGAUUGCAUGUUCAGGGAUAUUACUUCUCUAUCAGCUUACCGGCGACGACCAGUUCCUCCCGUGGGCAAAGAAAAUACUGAAGCACUGUUUGUCACAUGCUGUGGCCCCUGAUUCCGGCGAUUCAGUUCUAAGUGGUGCUACUGUCAAUAACAACAAAGAUGCAAUUGAUCGUUCCUCUGAGACAGGCUUGGUAUAUGCCGAUUAUUACCUCAUAGAAGCUGGAAACAGGCUCCUCGAAAUAGAUCCGACGGCUUAA